CUAUACGGCACGUGUUGUUUUGAAAACUUUUUUCUGAAUGGUUUUUAUGACCGCUAGUCGUUGAGCAAAAUCCUGCUGCUAUUGCUGUUCUGGAUUUUAGGGCGCGUGGUGGCGCAGCGCCCUAAAGGUAUUGGUGUCCCAAAUCGUAUCAAUAACAUCAACGGAAACGAAUAAAAAACAUUGAAUCAAGGCACAUAAAGAACAACAUUCAAUUAGCAUCAAAUGGCACCCGUGGCAGUUCUAGUAAUACGCAAUGCAGCAUUGAAAUCUAUGGUUUUCUUUCGCGAAAUACACAAGCGAGCCUUUAGUAGCAAAUAUUUACUUGUUACGAAUGUUGGAAUUUCCUUGGGCCUUAGUACGGCUGGUGAUCUGAUAGAACAACAAUAUGAAAUAUACCGCGGUGAUAUUAAGGAAUGGAACAAAAGGCGCACUACCCAUAUGGCCAUAUCCGGUAUGGGUGUUGGAGCAAUAUGCCAUUAUUGGUACAAGUUUCUAGAUAAUCGUAUGCCAGGCCGUACGAUACGCAUCGUUAUGAAAAAAAUUGUUUUAGAUCAAUUAAUUUGCUCGCCACUAUACAUAUCAGCAUUUUUCAUGACAAUGGGUGCCUUAGAAGACAAAUCAAUCAAAGAAACUUGGCAAGAAAUGAAGGAAAAAUCGUGGAAAUUAUACGCCGCUGAAUGGAUGGUAUGGCCUCCUGCGCAAUUUAUAAACUUCUACUGGUUGCCAACGCGCUAUCGUGUAUUUUAUGACAAUAUCAUUAGUUUGGGCUAUGACGUUUAUACAUCGCAAGUAAAGCACAAUGAUUAAAUUUGGAAAGUACUCAUCACAAUUUUUAAGGGCGUAAGUCAAAAUACAAGAAAAAUUAUUGUAUGAUAAAUCAAGGACUUGCACUAAACAAAUGAGCCGCGUACAAUAUUAUACUUGAGCUGUGAAAACUUCCAGUGUUUAUUCAUAUAUUGUUGGACACCUUUUUGAUUUAUAAUAAAAAGACUACAAUUUACAAAUACAAAUGUCUUAACUGUCUGCACUUUAGUACAGAUAAAUAUUAUCUAAAUGUGCUGAAUUUGCUCAAAUAAUACAA